GUCGUGAAACUGACUUGCGGUUUCUUGGAGGCAAAGAGAGGAACAAGGAUUUGGAAGCCAGAUGGUCUGGGUUUCUAGGCCCCAUCCUAUCAAGCUCAGCUGUUUCUCGACUUUCCAGAAAAAUGGAUAGGAGAAAUGACUAUGAUUAUAAGAUGUCCCCGUUACAGGGCCCUCUGCUUCCCCCUGGGAGCCUGGGGCUUCACUUCCCUCCAGAUGUACAGGCUGAGACCACAGAAGAAGACAGUAUCUUGCUGAUGCAUACCCUCUUGGCGGCAACCAAGGACCCCCUGGCCAUGGACCCACCAGUUGCCAACCAGCCUAAGAAAAGCAAGACCAAGAAGGCCCCUAUUAAGGCUAUCACUAAGACCAUACCUGCUGCCCUUCCAGUCCCAUCUGCCGAUGUGAUUGCCACCAACAAGCCUAAAAUAACUUUUCAGGCUUUAAACCUGCCAAUCAUCCCCGGGGUCACCCAGGCUUCAGCUACCACUGAGGCAGCCAAUACUCAGGCUUCUUCAUUCACCUCUCAGCCUAAGAAAGCCAACAAGACAAAGAGAGUUACUGCUAAGACAGCCCAGGGCUCCCAAUCUCCAACUGGCAGUGAGAGUGUCACCACAGAGAUCAAGUCACCCUUGCAGGCCCUAAACUUACCUGUCAUCCCACAGACUAUCCAGACUCCAUUUGCCAGUGAGUCAGCCAAUUCCCAGGCCUUGUUAGCCUCCACCAAGCCUAAGAAAGCUUUCAAGGCUAAGAAGGCUCACAAUAAGGCCAUAGCUAGUGCCACUGUGAUCUCACUGGGUCCAUCUACCAUUUACACAGCUACCACCGAAGGCCAAAUUACCAAUGUGACAGCCAAUACCCAGGCCACAGCAGCCUCCAUCCAAACUAGGAAAUUUUUCAAAGCCAAGAAGGCAACUGUUAAGGGCACAAAUACUGAUACUGAGCUCCCAGAGGCCCCAGAUGCAACUGAGACAGCUACCAGGCAGACUGAGGCCUCAUCAGCAGCUAUCUGGCCCAAAAAACCCAAGGGCAAGAAGGCUGCCAAUAAGGGCCCAAAUUCUGCCUGUGAGAUCUCUGAGGCCCCACCUGCCACUCAAAUGGUCACAGACCAAGCCUUAGCAGUUACCCUCCGGGUCAAGAGAGGGUCCAGGGCUCGGAAGGUUGCCACUAAGGUCCGGACAACUGAAAGCCAGACUCAAAUUGACCAAGGGGUCCAGGCCAAGAUGGCUACCUCUCAGACCAACAUAAGUGCCCUUGAGACUCAGGUUGCUGCUGCUGUCCAGGCCCUGGCAGAUGACUACCUGGCUCAGUUGAGUCUGGAGCCCACAUCCAGGACCCGGGGCAAGAGGAACCGAAAGUCCAAGCAUCUGAAUGGGGAUGAGAGAAGUGGUGUUAAUUAUAGGUGGAUCCCAUGGGGCCGGAGGCCUCCACUACCCCGAGAUGUGGCCAUUUUGCAAGAAAGGGCAAAUAAGUUGGUGAAAUACCUGUUGGUUAAGGACCAGACAAAGAUACCCAUCAAGCGCUCAGAUAUGCUGAAGGAUGUCAUCCAAGAAUAUGAUGAAUAUUUCCCAGAGAUCAUUGAACGAGCAAGCUAUGCUCUGGAGAAGAUGUUUCGAGUCAAUCUGAAGGAAAUUGAUAAGCAAAGUAGCUUGUAUAUUCUCAUCAGCAUUCAGGAAUCCUCUGCAGGCAUACUGGGAACGACCAAGGACACACCCAAACUAGGUCUUCUCAUGGUGAUUCUGAGUGUCAUUUUUAUGAAUGGCAACAAGGCCAAUGAGGCUGUCAUCUGGGAGGUGCUGCGCAAGCUGGGGCUGCGCCCCGGGGUGAGGCACUCGCUCUUUGGGGAAGUAAGGAAGCUCAUCACAGACGAGUUUGUGAAGCAGAAGUACCUGGAGUACAAGAGGGUCCCCAAUAGCAGACCACCUGAAUAUGAGUUCUUCUGGGGCUUGCGUUCCUACCAUGAGACUAGCAAGAUGAAAGUCCUCAAGUUUGCCUGCAAGGUGCAGAAGAAAGACCCCAAGGACUGGGCCGCUCAGUACCGGGAGGCAGUGGAGAUGGAAGUCCAAGCUGCAGCUGUGGCUGUGGCUGAGGCUGAGGCCAGGGCUGAGGCAAGAGCCCAAAUGGGGAUUGGAGAGGAAGCUGUGGCUGGGCCCUGGAAUUGGGAUGACAUGGAUAUCGACUGCCUAACAAGGGAAGAGUUAGGCGAUGAUGCUCAGGCCUGGAGCAGAUUUUCAUUUGAAAUUGAGGCCAGAGCCCAAGAAAGUGCAAAUGCCGGCACCAACAUUGACUUCAGCAGAGGAGCUAGCACCAGGGCUAGCUUCAGCGAUGGUGCUAGUAUUAGCUUCAGUGGUACAUCCAGCCCCAGUGGUGGCUUUGGUGGCAGAGCUGGCCUUAGCUUUGGUGGCACAUGCAGCACCAGUGCCAGCUUCAGCAGUGCAGCCAGCAUUUGCUUUGGCGGCACAGCCAGUGCUUGCUCCAGCUUCAGUGGCGGAGCCAGCAUUAGCCUCAGUGGUGCAGUCAGCACCAGCUCUAGUUUCAGCAGUGAAACCAGUAUUAACUUUAGUGGCACAUCUUGUACCAGUGUCAACUUCGGUGGUGGGAUCAGCUCUAGUUUCAUUAGCCCACUCAACACCAGUACCAGUUUCAGUGGUGGAGCCAGCUCUGGUUUUGGAGGCACACCCAGCACCACUGCUGGCUUCAGUGAUGCACUCAUUAUGAGCACCGGCUUUGGCAGUACACUCGGCACCAGUGCAGUCUUUAGUGGUGCACUGAGCACCAGCACUGGCUUUGGUGGCACACUCAGCACUAGUGUCUACUUUGGUGGCUCUCCUAGUACUGGUGCCAGUUUUGGUGGCACACUCAGUACCAGUAUCUGUUUUGGUGGCUCUCCUAGCACCAGCACUGGUUUUGAUGGUGUAUUCAGUAGUAGUGUCUCCUUCGGUGGCUCUUCUAGCACCAGCACUGACUUUGGUGGCACACUAAGCACCAGUGUCUGCUUUGGUGGCUCUCCUAGCACCAGUGCCAGCUUUGGUGGUGCACUCAGCACCAGUGUUGGCUUUGGUGGUGCACUCAACACCAGUGCUGGUUUUGGUGGUGCACUCAACACCAGUGCUGGUUUUAGCAGUGCUGUCAGCAUUAGCACCGGCUUUAGUAGUGCACCCAGCACCAACUCUGGCUUUGGCAGUGUGUUCAGCACCAGUGCUGACUUCGGUGGGGCACUUAACACCACUACUGACUUUGGCAGUGCUCCCAGCACCACCAUUGGCUUUGAUGGAGUCCCCAGCGCCAGCUUCUGCUUUGGCAGUGUGUCUAACACCAACCUGUGCUUUGGGGGCCCUCCCAGCACCAGUACCUGCUUUAGUGGUCCUACUGGUGUCAGUUUUGGUGAUGGACCCAGCCCCAGUGCCGGUUUCAGCUUUGGCGAUGGGUUAAGCACCAGUGCUGGAUUUGGUGGUGGACUGAACACCAGCUCUGGCUUCAGUGGUGGACUGAGCACCAGUGCUGGCUUUGGUGGUGGACUGAUCUCCAGUGAUGGCUUUGGUGGUGGACUGGGCACCAAUGCUGGUUUUGGCAGCACACUUGGCACCAGUGCUGACUUUAGUGGUGGCCUCAGCAUCAGUGAUGGCUUUGGCGGUGGGCCUAAUACCAGCUUCGACGGAGGACUGAGUACCAUCAUUGGCUUUGGCAGUGGUUCCAACACCAGCACUGGCUUUACCGGCGAACCCAGCACCAACACCGGCUUCAUUGGUGGACCCAGUUCUAUUAUUGGCUUUGGCAGUGGACUGAGCACCAGUGCUGGCUUCAACAGUGGACCAAGCAGUAGUGCUGGCUUUGGCGGUGGACCGAGCAAUGGUGCUGGCUUUGGUGGUGGAGCCACCAGCCUUGGUGCCUAUAGCUUCUCCUAUGGCUAGUAAGGUUUCAGGUUUAUUUCCCAUGUUUACAGAUCCCACCAAUGAAUUGCAGCAGCCCUUCCCAUGGAGCCAAGGUACAUCCUUGGAAUCUUUGUCCACACAACAGUCUAAGCAGAUACUACCAAUCAGCUGAGGGUAACACAUUAUGAAAAAUCUAUUUGCCAAUCCUGCUUUAUUGUUUGCUUUUUGUGUCUUGUCAUAUUUUGGUAUCAGAGUUACAUUAAAUUUGCAAAAUGAAUUA